CUUUCCCCGUAGACCAUUGCAAACUCUAAAGCAAGUUGCCUUUAUACACACUAGUGCUUACAUGGGCACCGGUACCGAAGAAGCUGCAGCGAUGCAGCUUGGGAUUGGUUGCCUUGAUUCCCUAGAUGAUCUCUGUCUUCUGCAUAUAGCAAAUUCGACCCUAUCCCUGAAGGACCUGCUUAACCUAAACGCCACAUGUCGGAGGCUGCGGGCCGUGGUGGCGGGCGCCGAUGACGCCUGGCAGCGUCACAUCUUUCUGGAUUUCGGCCUUCCUGUCACGGGCACAUCCCUAAAGCGUCAAUAUGAGUUCCUCCGAGCGGUCGCAAGAGGCGAGCAGCCUCCACCUCCUCCUCCUCCUCCACCACCACCACCUCCACCACCACCACCGCAACCAGGCAUUCCGUCAGCAGCAACGACGGUUGCUGCUGCUCCUUUUACUGCUGCCGCUGCUCAAGCAUCAACAUCAGCAGCAGCCUCCUCAGCCAUGGUGGGCCAUGCUGCUACAACCUCCGGCACCGGAGGACCAUCACCAUCAUCUUUGUCAUCAACGGUAGCCACAACCGCUGCUGCGUCGUCGUUGGGAUCCCCUUACGGUGCCGUACGGCCCUUCCUGCCGUUUGCUGGCGUCUCCACGGACGGCGGCAGCGAUGUACCCCUUGAGGAUUUCUGGGCAGGUCACCUGUUUAACCCCACCGCGCGCAAUUUCUACUCCAGCGAGGCUACCACUCGCAACAUUCACUGCCUGGCGGUACUGCAGCCCUCGGGACACGACCCCUCCGACCCGCACCGCACCUUCCUGUUAGACCGACUGCAGCUCCCAGCCGCCUACCUGAGCCGAGAGGUGAUGCGGAGUAUUAUGACGGACCAGGCCUGGGAGGGCGGCAGCGAGCAGGCGCCGCCCGACCCGCUGCCGCUGGUGCCGCUACAGGCGGUGGAGGCGGCGCGGGAGGCGCUGAGCAGCUGCACCACGGAGGUGUUGGAGGACCUGUAUGUGCACUGCUACAACCAGAUGAGCCAGGGCCGCGCCUGGGGCCGCCUGCUCACGCGGGGGCUCAUGCAGCAGCAGCGCCGCAGGGGGCAGGGGCAGGGGCAGCAGGUGGAGGAGGACCAUGAUGCGGCGUUGCAUGAGAUACACGCCAAGGCAUGGCAGAUCUGGCACAACCAGGGGUCAGUGCCGUACACCAUCAGCCAGGCGGCGCCGCUGCGGCAGCCCAGGCUGCUGUACGGCGAGCCGCCGCUGCGGCCGCUGCUGGCGGCGGCGGGGGGGCGGCCGGACGCCCCGCUCAACCGCACCGUGGGCAUGUUCGACUCGGUGCUGCUCAGCCGCCCCUUCAACGUCACCUGUCCUCUGCGCUGCGGAGCGCUUUUUGCCCUACUCGCCUCCGCCGCCUGCCCAUCCGCCUCCUCCUGCUCCUACGUCACUGCUGCGUCCAGGGAGCCCGCCGCUGCAGCCACAGCCGCAGCCACUGGCCCGGAUGGCACCGUCUCCGCUGUUGGUGCUGCUGCUGCUGCUGCUAGUGAGGCUGCUGCGGGUGCUUCUGGGUCUCCUUCCAUGAAGCCAGGCAGCAGCAGCAGCCCCAACACCACCACCGACCCCUCCGCAUCGCUGGCGGAGGGCCUGACGAACGGGCUGGCGGGGGUGCCGCACGUGCAGGUCCUGAACAACGCCGAAGACGCCCGUACGGUGCUGUUAGCCUCCCGCAGGGGCCUGCUGCCGCCCGUUGCCGGGUACUACACUACGGGUAGGGUCGAGUGGCUGGAAUUCAGGAGGCCCACUGCUGCUGCCGCGGCGGCAACAGCAUCGGCAUCAGCAGCGACGGCGUCAGCACCAAGGGGGCCAGCAGGCGGCGGCUCCUCCUCAUCACCAUCAACCGAGCCGGCAAGAGCUGCACCCGCACCUCACUCCAA